CUGUAAUAUACUGCGUUUUUUAUUUUAGUUUGUAAUUGGAUUUUAUAAUUCUAGAGUAGCUAUUGAAUUCGUUUAAUUGAAAAUAUGGAACGUAAAGGUUGUGAUUUAAGAAGCGAAGAACAAAAGGCUCGAGUUAAGAAGUACAAUGACAGUCGAAGAAAAGGAAUGAAAUCUUUCGGACUAUUUGCUAGUGGUGCGGAUAACUCAAGAGACGGUUCUAAACAGAAAAAAUCUGAACUUGUAGCUCAAAGUAGGAAUAAGCGAAAGAGAGAUGAAAGUUUUUCUCGGUGGCCAGAUAUCCAUGAUCAACCAGCUGAUUCAAUUUAUGUUGAACAAGAUUUCAACCAAACUGUACCCCAAUUCCUGCAAAGUGCUCUCGAAAGGUUUUCUCUCUUAGAACAAAAGACUGGACUAAUUUCUUUGGCUAAAAGUAGGAAGCGUAAAAGAAAUGAAUGUUUUUCUCGGUUCUCAGAGACCUGUGGUCAACCUGUUGAUUCAUUUGAUGUUUCACACGAUGCUUCACAAUGGCAAAAAUCCAGUUUGAAUAUUGUUCAAAGUGCACCUCUAAAGAAAAACAAACUGCCCAAAGAUGCUUCCAGAAAGAUUAAAAAAAAACCAACUGCCUAGAGAUGAUAGCUGUUCUUCUCAUCAACUGUGUCUACUUUAUCCGAAUCUGUUGUACAGAAAAAGUGAAUAUUUGUGUCAGAUGAUUCACCUGUUUAAGUGAAACAGAUAAAUGCAAAGAAAAGGUUGUGUUUUUGUGGAAAGUAAAAGAAAAUUAUACACGAAAUACGUCAAAUACUUCCAUUCCAUGGAAAUAACCAGAAGCAAUUAAGUGGUACUUUCCGGAGCCAUUAAAAAAGAACAUGGUAUGCACAAAUAGAUUGUCACAAUUUUGU